AUGGAUAUUUCAAACAUUGCAAGGGUACGAAAGGGGAUGGCUUCUCACCUCGCAAAUAACUAUGUCAUUAUGGCAGACGUUCUAUCAAGAUUACCGGUGAAGACUCUUUCAAGAUUCAACUCUGUAUGCAAAUUAUGGUACCGCAUGAUUCAUUCAAACCUUGGUUUCCAAGCCUUGCACUACAGUCGAUCGCGGAGGAAUCCUCGGCUCCUUCUUCGAUUGGGUGACUUUGAUUAUCACCCACAUGGACACCUCGGACACCGAUACGUUUAUAACUUUAUUUCGACGGAUACUGAGGGGAAUAACGUCGGUCUGAUUCAAAUUAAGGUGCAUGAACCUGUUAAACUCAUACUGCCAGGUUGCUUUGGAUUGCUUGUCUUAGCUACAGACACACGCAUUCAUGUGUGUAACCCUAGUACCCGUCGACUUCUUGCACUGCCAGAUAGUCGAAGUAAAAUGGCAGGAUUCGGGGUUGGAUUUCUGAGCUCAAUGAGAGAACACAAGAUUGUGCGGUUAAUUCCUCGGAGAUCAAGACUUUACUUGGAGUGUUCAGUUUUCACCCUUGUUCCAGGAGGAGAAUCAUUUUCAUGGAGGGUACUGAAUGAUCACUGCCCAUAUUUUGUGGAUCAGUAUAGCCUUCCAGCUUUUGCAAACGAAACUAUAUACUGGAAAAUCGACCGUCAGCAAGCACUCCACCGGCAAAACGAUUUUAUUGUAUCGUUUAAUGUAAGGUACGAGAAGUUUCAAACCAUUACUCAUCCUACAGACUGGAUUCCUAUCACUCAUCCUGAUUGGAGAUCACGUAUUCAAAAUUCGACGCAACUCGUGGAACUACUAGGGAAUUUGUGCAUGGUAGAGACUUUACCAUUAUCUCAUAUAGCGGUAUGGAAACUAGCUGAUCCCAGGAAUAGCAUGUGGGCAAAAUUAUGCAUGAUCGACCUAAGCAGAACUCAUUUGAUUUUCGUUGGAGAACUCCAGUGCGUCAAGGAUGGAGACAUGAUAUUCAACUCUGAUACUAACACCCUGCUCUACUAUGAUGUGAGAAAGAAAACAUUUAGAAAGAAGACGCUACCUUACUCUGUAGAGGAUCUUACCAUGUAUUGCGAAAGUCUUGCUUCCCUAACAAGAUGA